AAAUAACAAAUGCAAUGUCAACGGGCUAUCAAUCAGUCGUAGUGCGAACGUCCAGCCAGUGAGUUGAGAUGUAUAGCCGGAGAAUUAUAGUUGUUACGCUUCUCGUGGCCUUUGAGGCUGCCAGCGCACACUACGUCGCUCAAGAAAGAAUAUGCUUCCCCGAAAGUUUUCAGUUUGGUGUAGCAACAGCCUCUUACCAAAUCGAAGGAGCGUGGAAUGUAUCAGGUAAAGGUGAAAGUAUAUGGGACAGCUACACCCAUAAGUAUCCAGACCGAAUUUUUGAUCACAAAACUGGAGACGUCGCCGCCGAUUCCUAUCACUUGUUCAAGGAAGAUGUGAAACUGAUGGUCAAGCUGGGCGUUCAGUAUUAUCGCUUCUCGAUUUCAUGGCCGAGAAUCCUUCCUAAUGGCUUGAGCAACGAAAUAAAUAAAGAUGGUAUCAGAUACUAUAAUGAACUUAUGGAUGAGCUAAUUAAAUAUAAUAUUCAGCCAAUGGUGACCAUGUACCACUGGGACCUGCCAAAAUCUCUCCAAGAAUUGGGUGGCUGGACUAAUCCUAUCAUUGCUGAUUAUUUCGUGGAUUACGCUAGAGUUCUAUUCAAUAAUUUCGGGAACAAGGUGAGCGCUUGGUUGACAUUCAAUGAGCCACUAUCAUUCUGUCAAGGCGGGUACGGCGGGCUGGACGCGCCGGGUGACCAAGCUAGCGGAUUUGAAGACUAUCUCUGCGGGCACAAUGUCCUGCGCGCGCACGGAAUGGUCUACCGCAUGUACCAGGAAGAAUUCGAAGCAAAACUUUUGACAAGCGUCGGAAUUACACUAGAUUUUUCAUGGCUCGAGCCAGCUAAGGAAUCAUUAGAAGAUAAAAUUGCUGCAGAAACAGCCAGACAGUUCUUUUUCGGUUGGUUCGCACAUCCUAUAUUUUCCCAAACCGGUGACUAUCCACAAAUUAUGAGGAAAAGAAUCGACACAAUAUCCAAAAAACAAGGUUUCCAUCGCUCUCGUCUCCCAUACUUUACGCCAGACGAAAUAGAAAUGAUACGAGGUUCGGCAGAUUUUCUGGGCUUAAAUCAUUAUACUACGUACUUGGUGGCUAAAAGCAAAAAGAAAAUCCCUUCUGAGCCGUCUUUCGCAGCUGACAUGGGAGGAAUAAUAUCCCAAAAAUCAUCGUGGCCUAAAUCGAAUUCAACUUGGUUGAAGGUGGUGCCGUGGGGCUUCAGAUUAUCCUUGAACUGGGUAAAACGUGCUUACAACAACCCUCUGGUUGUGAUCACGGAGAACGGAGUUUCUCUCGAGAAAGGUUUGCUGGACAAACGACGUAUUGAAUACAUAGAGGGAUACCUCAAAGCGUUACACUCCGCUAUUACGAAGGAUCACUGCAACGUGUAUGGAUACACAUAUUGGAGCUUGAUCGAUAACUUCGAAUGGACUAGAGGAUAUUCAGAACGUUUCGGCUUAUACCAAGUCGAUUUCGACUCUCCAAACAAGACACGAAAACCGAGGAUUUCCAGUGAAUACUUCGCAAGGCUCGCACGUACCAAAUGUAUGCCGUUUUGGGAAUUCUAAUUUGAAAAUAAUUUAAAUACAAAAUUGAAUGUACCUUUACAUAGUGAAGUAAAACCACCUUUAUUGUAAACAAGCUUCUUAUUAGUGUAAUAAAUUAUUAUUACUCGUGUGUU